AUGUUAAAUGCUCCUAAUGACCGUGCACUUUUUGGUGUAAAUGUGUUGAUGAUCACUACAACCGAUUCAAAUGUUUUGAGAACACCACCCGGAGUAGUAGGAAUACCAUCUGCAGCGAAAAGGCCGAUUGGAGGAUUCCGAGGUGCUUUGACGGGAUUCGCAUUCGGUUUGGCAGCUGCUAGUGCGUUUGGAUUCGCAUACCUUUUGCAAGAUUACAGAAAAGCGAGUAAAGCAAUGGCAAUAUCUGUGCAAGAACUUGAAGAGAGUACUGAAAAGGUGAUGCAAGUGUAUGCGAGAGUAUCAACGAUCGAAGAAAGACUAGCCAAAAUAGAACGAAUUGCAGGAUCAAAAGAAGAAAUGAGAAGGAGAAAUAGUGAUCUAGUUCGUGUUUAUGAUGCUUUACACGAAGACGUUUAUGAUGUCAAGAGGAAGCUAUACGAUAUCGAACAAGAUGUCAAUCGGUUUUUUGGAUCUUCUUCAUCUAGGCGAGCUAAUGGCCGGAUAGUGUAAUUAUUCAAUUUGUUUCUGUAAUAUGUAUUCAUAUGGUUG